GUUUUCCUUUGAGCAAUGAGACUACGUGGUGAUGGCAAGGUCUCCGCUAUAAUUAUGGUUUUACCUCCAUCACAGAGCCUCUGGGUGGGGAUGUUGGUGGUAGUGGUGGUGGUUGAGCUCCCUGGAGCUCUGCAGAAGUGCAUCUUUGACAAGGUUCAGGCUCAGGCCAGGGUGGUCCGAGCUGCACCCAUCCACCCAGACAGCCCACCCAACGUGCCCAUACUUGGAGCCCAGGCCAGAACCUCUGGCCAAAAAACCAAUCAUCCAGGACAGAGGGCAUCAUCUCUGCGUGGCCAGACACAGAGGAGAAGCCUGAGAAAGACGGCCCUGCCCACUACUGCCUCUCCACAGCCAAUCAGGAUCAAGACCUGGAUUCAGACAGAGAGCAAUGACCUAUCCGAGGCUGAGAAAGAGAGGCUGAAAGCAGCGGUGGAGGAGGCUGUGAGGAUUGUGUCUUCUUUACUAUCAGUGAACAGAGUAUUGGGGCCCUUGCUGCUCAGCAGAGACAUCAAUAAAUACUGCAAGUUUAUCUGGAGGAAUGCCAGUACUGCUAACUACAACAGGUGUGGUCGAGCCAACAACAACUACAGAUCUGAGACUUGUCUGGAUGUGACGAUCCCAGAUGAUCAUCUGGAUGGAUGUGAUAUAUACGCGGAGGCUGAUUCACCUCACAGGACUGAGCUCCGUCCUAAAGGGGCUGGACUCCCCGACACCGACUUCCUCCUGUACCUCCACACGCAGGCCACUGACAAGUGCAGAGCAGAGCCUAAUGUGCUGGCCUACGCUGUCCACUGUCAGACGGACACCCAUGGGCGACCUGUGGCCGGGGUGGUCGUCAUCUGCAGGGACAGUCUGACAGGAGCCACGUACAGCCACCAGGCUAUUGUACAGACUGUCAUCCAUGAGCUAUUUCAUGCACUUGGUUUCUCUAAAGAGCUCUUCCAGACCUGGAGAGACUGUUCAUCCAAUUCUCAAGUGGGUGCUGGCUGUUCUCCUCGAGGAAAAGUGAGUCACUCUGAUGGAUCGGGCCAGAUGAGGAUUUUCACCCCAUCCCUCAUUUCCGCCUUGCAGAAGCACCUGGCAUCCCCGGACCCUGAGCUAGGGGGGCCACUAGAGAACCUGGGGGUUGCUCCAGGCAGAGUGUCCUCUCACUGGGAGUCCCGGGUCCUACAGGGCUCCAUUAUGGCACCGGUGCUGGGGGACUCAACCACAGUCCGGAUCGACCCGGUCACCUUGGCUGCAUUACAGGAUACCGGCUGGUACACUGUUGACCUGAACCAGGCACAGAGUCUAGUCUGGGGAGAUGGUGGAGGAGCUACGUUUGGUUCCCUGUCAACCUGUCAAAACACGUCUUCAUCUUUUUUCUGCACCGGCAGUGGAUUUGGGUGUCAUUAUCUUCACCUCCACAAGGGGGAGUGCCAGACUGAUCAAUACCUGGAGGGAUGUCGAGUGUACAAACCCCUCAAGAAUGGAAGUGAAUGUUGGAUAGAGAAAAAUGGCGGAGAUGAAGACUGGAGAGGGGAGAUCUUUGGUGUUCACAGCCGUUGCUUCUUCUCCAGCCUGACCAGACAGAACCAGACGGAGCUCAGCGGCUCUGUGGAGGGAUGUUGUUACAGACACAGGUGUACUGGCCUGAACCGGUACCAAAUCCAGGUAUCUGGCUCUGAAUGGAUGGACUGUCCAGCAGGGGACAAUAUUCAGAUAAAAGGAUACCAGGGUUUAGUUCACUGCCCUGACAGGAGGUUAUGUGUGUACGCUGACAUUACCCCCCCAUCAGACAUUCUCACUACAUUUCCUGCUUCUAUUUCAAGUGAUCCGUAUGAGACUUUAACUGCAGUCCAGACCGGGAGCUGGUCGCCCCUCAGACUCCCUGCAGAGCUCCAUGUAGUCCCGGCGCUCGGGGUCUUUGCUGCUGUGUGUCUCCUGGCUGCAGCCCUGCUGUCUUUGAGGAAAUGUUGUUCCUGCAAGGUCAGGAUCCACACUGCCCCAGAGGAUCCCACUGAUCUGUAGCAAACACUACCUUUUAAAAUGUUAAGUAUA